AAGUCCGAAGGGUGAAAAAGGGGGGAAGAAGACGCCGUUGCGUAAGAGUCUGGACGUCGUCGAGCCGUCGCGACGGCGUCAGUCGUUCGAGCGCCGCCAAAGCACCACGGUACGCGGAAAAUUCGUUCGAAUCCUUUACUUAGAGAGAGAGAGAUCAAAAGAUUAUUUAUUGAAUUUUAUUCGGAUAUAGGCCGAUCGCGUUCUAUUUCCUCGUCUUCGUUGGUGACUUCGCGUCUAGCGAAAGGGCUUUCAAGGUCGACACGAAAUUCCACUUCUCUCGAGGUCGAGGAGAGACGAAUUUGCGUUCAAGGUCAAUAGCGUGUACCACCUGCACGGCGAACGACAUCGGCGUGCUCUUUCACACUCGUACGCCCAUGCGCACGCGUCAUGCUCGAUGCAAGUCUUUCGUCUCUCUCUUUCUCUCUCUUUCUCUCUCUCUUGUUAUAUCUUUUCAUCCAUUUGUCCAUAUAUUUUGUUUAUAUUCUUUUCUUCUUUCUUUCUUUUUCACUCUCUCUCUUUUUUUUCUCUUCCUGUUUUCUUUAUGGUGUUCCUUAUGCAGUGAUUCUUUAAAGCAGUGAUGUUUAUCAGAUUGCUAUCCACACAAUGAUUUCGAGCCAGUGAAUAGUCAGAAGAAUACUUUAUGUACUUAAGUAUUUGUAAUGAAACGGAUAGGAUUUAAAUAAAAAGUAAACCGAUACAUUUCGUCGAGCAUGUUAAUUAUAAUGCAAGAGAUGCUCUAGUAAUAGUUCAUUAAAUAUCUAUUGAUAGUUGUUAAAAUGAUCGGUUAGCUUCGAAUAUGAAAGAUAUGCAGGUAGAUAUUUUUUGGAAAAAAUACAAAAAUGUAAAAGUACAAAAAUAGUUGGCAUCAUUGCUUUAAAGCGUCAUGCGGUUUUUCAACGUACGAGCUAUUAGAGAUUUUGGUGACAGUUUAGUUUUUAUCGAGAUGAAUUUGCAAGUAUUUUGGAAAAUAUCGUUUAGCACUAAUGCGUUCCGUACCAGGAAGGAAAUAUCUUGGAAGAAGGAAGAUAUUAAUAUCCCAUUUGGGUUGCACGAUCAUAUAGCUCGGAGUUGACCGCUUUUUCGACCGAACGCGGUUAUACACUAGGAGAGCUAUCGCCUUUAAGACUACUCGAGACUCUUUCUCCCUUUCUACUUCUUGACUUAUCCUCGUUUAUUACUUCGGAAAUACCGCAGUCAUCGUAACUCUCGCAUUAUUCUUCGAAAAAGAAAAAAAAAUAAAACAAAAAAGAAAAUCGACGGACGUUCAUAGGAUCUCAUUCGAAAUCGAUAAAUCAUUAAUUCGAUCGUGUCUCGAUCCAUUUUCGUACCGAUCAUUAUUUAAUCUAAAAAAUGCAUUCUUUCUUCGUUCAUGAACCUUCUCGAAAUUUCUCUCGUUCUCUCCCUUAUUUUUUCUAUUUUUCUUUUUUGCAAAAGAAAAGAAAAAAGAGAAAGAAAAAAGGAAUCAAAUAAAACGGAGCAAAACAAAAAAAGGAUAAAAACGGAGCAGUAAGCUCGUGAUUUUUGGGGAGAGGAAUAUUCAUGGGAUUCUUCGACGGUCGGUGUCGAUGCAUAAAUACAGUUUAGCGGAGGGACCGAAACGAAAAUGGAAAUUUCGAAUCGAUCGCGUUCGAAGGCGUCUUUCAUCGUCGACGAGAUGUGUCGCGCGGUUUUGCGGACGCGACAUUUUCCUCCUUUGUUCUGGCACGAAAAGCCGCAGGUACGUGUCAGGCAUCGAAAUUGAGCGCGAUAGAAUUCAAAUUGAUGGAGGAAACUAUAGGAAUACUGUGUUGUGUUGUUGGGGCUGCUGCUGCUGUUGCUGGUGCUAUUGCUAUAUCGAUAGAGGAGCCAUUUAUUAUCGGAUUGUCAUAUGUAUAUACGUAUGUUCGUCUUAAUUCACGUCGAAUUAUUUAUAACCAUUUUAUAUUACCUUCACUCUCCUUUGUCGUUGUCGUGUCCAUGAUUUAUCGUUUUAAGAUCGACGUGUAUCACGUAAAGGCAUAGGUAAUUUCGUUACGAAUAAAAACCUUCUCGAUAUUCAACGUACCCAUUUCGUCGAUUUUCUUCGGUUUCACAUUUUCGGAAACUUAUUGUACGAGAAAAGAAGAAGAGAAGGGAAGAAUGACAAACAAAUAAAAAGAAGAAAAAGAAAAGAAGACGGACAAAGGAAAAGAAAAUAGUAAAAAAAAUUCUCAGAAAACGCACUAUUUUCCUUUUGCUUUUACUUGCUAUCGAUAGAAAGUCAGAAACGCGAAACUUCCUAGUAUAUUCCGACUGAUCGUAAUUCUUACAUAAUCGAGAGUUUGAUUCGAUCGGGAGGGGAAGAAACGAGAGUUCCGAAAUGAAAGAACUUAGAGCAGUUCGUUAGUUAGGUAUUGUUUUAGAAUCGAUCGAAUCGUUCCUUACAUUUCUUCUAUGCUUAUCUAAAAUUUUUGAUCAUUUCUUUUGAUGAAAGAAAAUAAGUGAUAAGACCAUCGAUCAUUUUCUUCGAUUAUUAUUUAUACCUUAUACCGAGCACCUUGUAUAUCUGCUUUUGUAAUAUUUUCUUUUUCACUUCUUUUUCUUUUCCCCUCUAAAUUCAAUUUAAAAAUUCUCAUUAAAAUUCUUCGCGUUUAGCAACGAGCAACGACCGUUCAUUAAUAUUAUAUAGACGAUCGUUGACGUUGAAAUCCGUAGGUGUAUGAUUCUUCGAAACGAUCGAUAUAGUCCUUAAUCAAAUAAGUUAUUUCUUUGAAAUCGACGGCUUCGUGCCAGGAGCGUAAAAGAUCGAGUAACGUCGUUGAGGAAGUAUACGACGAUUAUUCGGAAAACCCUUCGUGUGACGCGCAUCGCGUAUUGGAAACGAGGAAACUGGACGCUUGUAUACGAUCACGCCUCGGACUACUAGGCAUCUUAUCUUGUCGCAACCACGGUAUAAAAGAUAGCGUCUUUGAACAGGUGCCUUCAGUAAUUGGUGACUAUCGUGAGAACGCGAUUACCUUGGUACACGACCGCCGUUUUUCAUCCACAAGAUUUCUCCUCUUAUUUAUAUCUAUAUCUUUCUCUUUCUUUAUCUUUAAUACGUUUCGCCAUUCGUACGAGACAAGACCGAUUUAAAAACUUUCGAUCAUUGAGAUCGGUGAACAUCUUUUUCCGAUAUUUUACGUAACUUAUUUACGUGAAAAUCAAUACCGAGAGAAAUUUUCAAAUAAUCAAAGUGAUCGGAAGAGAUCGUUAAAUAAAGAGAUAGAUAUAUCGUGUCGCGAAAGGGUGCGAGAGUGACAUCUGUUUGACGUCGCGAGGGACACUUAUGAAGGGGCUUGACUCCGUACCGAAACUCAGCAUCGAUCAGAUUAAAUAUAUUUGGGACAUCGAUUGGAAGCAGUAGCCGAGCCAAGAGUUGUUAACUGAGAAUGCGCAAUGACACAGCGAAUUUAUCAGUGGUCCACGAGCCCAAGGGAGGCACCGCAGACUAUCCAAAUGGAGCCCCCAAAAACUCACCGCCCAGAAAAAAUCCUCUCGAGGUACACACAACGAGACACGGAGAAGGAUAAAACGGAAACCGAGUAUAUGCUACAACAGAAUGGCGAACCAAUUGAAUUCGUACCACCUCAGACGAAGGAGGAGGAAAAACCAAUCCAGCAGACACCGUCGUUACCACCGGUGCCUUACUACAGACUCUUCCGAUUUGCUACUGUCGGCGAGUUGAUGUUGAUUUUCGGAGGCCUGAUCAUGGGAAUAUUGACGGGUCUCUGUAUACCGAUUUCUACAAUACAAUAUGGUGAAUUCACAACCUUAUUGGUCGACCGUAAUAUGCCGAAUCAAACGAGUACUCCGACGCUUAUAUUGUAUUGGUUCGGAGGAGGAAAGGUCUUAGGACAGAACGCAACUGACGAGGAGAAAAUGGACGCUCUCUACGACGACUCAGUGGCAUUUGGCGUAUCUUGUGCCGCUUUGUCGUCGCUACAAUUCAUCUUUGCCAUCUUCACCGUCGACUUAUUAAACGUAGCCGCGUUUAGACAGAUCGCUAGAGUACGCAAAAUGUUUCUGCGUGCUGUUCUUAGGCAGGACAUGAGUUGGUACGACACCAACACAUCCACGAAUUUCGCAAGCAGGAUUACCGAAGAUUUGGACAAAAUGAAGGAUGGAAUAGGCGAGAAACUCGGUAUCUUUACGUAUUUGAUGGUCUCCUUUAUAUCAUCAAUCAUUAUAUCCUUCAUAUACGGUUGGAAAUUGACAUUGGUUGUGCUUAGCUGCGCGCCAAUUAUCGUCAUAGCUACCGCUGUGGUAGCCAAGGUUCAAAGCUCCUUAACAGCCCUCGAGUUGGCUGCGUAUGGACAAGCUGGAAGCGUCGCUGAAGAGGUCCUUGGUGCCAUCAGGACGGUCAUAGCCUUCAACGGCGAGCAAAAGGAGGUCGACAGAUACGCGGAGAAGCUUUUGCCCGCGGAAAAAACAGGCAUCAAGAGAGGAAUGUGGUCUGGCGUUGGAGGUGGUGUCAUGUGGUUUAUCAUUUAUCUCAGCUAUGCCCUCGCUUUUUGGUACGGAGUACAACUCAUCUUGGAAGAUCGUCCGAAGGAAUAUAAAGAAUAUACACCGGCCGUCUUGGUGAUAGUAUUUUUUGGUGUGUUGGCCGGUGCACAGAACAUGGGUCUCACUUCGCCUCAUUUAGAAGCCUUUGCAGUGGCCAGAGGAUCAGCUGCUGCGGUUUUUCAAGUACUCGACCGAGUACCAUCCAUCGAUAGUCUUAGUAAGGAGGGUCAAAAAUUAAAAUCGGUUAGCGGUGAUAUAGAAUUUAAAGACGUCCAUUUUCGUUAUCCUGCGAGAAGAGAUAUACAAGUGUUGCAAGGUUUAAAUUUGAAAAUAAGGCAUGGAGAGACCGUCGCUUUGGUCGGUGGUUCCGGAUGCGGAAAAUCUACGUGUUUGCAACUUAUACAGAGACUUUACGAUCCUUUGCAAGGACAAGUAUAUUUGGACGGCGUCGAUAUAUCGAAGUUAAACGUUCAAUGGUUGCGUUCGUACAUCGGCGUUGUUGGUCAGGAACCAGUACUCUUUGACACGACAAUACGAGAGAACAUCCGUUACGGAAAUGACAGCGUUACCGAAGAAGAGAUGAUCAAAGCCGCCAAGGAAGCAAACGCUCACGACUUCAUCAGCAAACUGCCGGAGGGGUACGAUAGCCCUGUAGGAGAGAGAGGUUCUCAACUAUCGGGUGGGCAAAAACAAAGGAUCGCAAUCGCCCGUGCUUUGGUCAGACGACCAGCCAUACUUUUACUCGACGAGGCUACUUCCGCGUUAGAUCUUCACAGUGAGGCAACCGUUCAGAGAGCACUUGACGCUGCUUCGAAAGGGAGGACCACCGUUAUCGUGACUCACAGACUCUCUACUAUCACUAACGCUGAUAGGAUCGUCUUUAUCAAGGAUGGUAAGGUCGUUGAAGAGGGUACACACGAGGAGUUGCUGGCACUUGGCAAACAUUAUCACGGAUUGGUCGCAGCUGAUGCUAGUGCUGCUGCCAAAGCUAAAGCUACGGCGUCCGCAGCGAAAACUGUAACAGCAGCGAAACCUAAAACCCAAAAGGCUCCAUUGAAGAGACAAUUUUCGACUCUCUCUAUGCACUCUCAUCGCUUAUCACUAGCAGGUGGGUCCGAUGCCGGCUCGGAUGCUGGUUUGGAGGAGCACGAAAAACCGUACGAUGCACCGAUGAGUAGGAUACUAGGGUUGAACAAAACGGAAUGGCCCUUCAACUUUAUAGGAUGUUUAGCAGCUGGGACUGUAGGAGCAUCAUUUCCAGCAUUCGCAGUCUUAUUCGGUCAAGUUUAUUACGUAUUGGGUCUUCAAGACGAAGACGAAAUUAGAAGAGAGACGGUGAACUUUUCGGUACUUUUCAUCAUCGUCGGUGUAGUAACUGGCAUAGGAACCUUCCUGCAAAUGUAUAUGUUUGGUCUAUCUGGAGUCAGAAUGACAACGAGGAUCAGAAAGAUGACUUUCGGGGCAAUGUUGAAACAAGAAAUGGGUUGGUACGACGAAGAACAGAACAGUGUCGGUGCACUUUGCGCUAGAUUAUCUUCGGAUGCUGGAGCCGUUCAAGGGGCUACAGGAAGUCGAAUAGGUGCCAUACUCCAAGCUUUAUCAACCUUGGUUCUUGGUAUCGGAUUGUCAAUGUAUUAUACCUGGAAGAUGACUUUGGUAUCCGUCGUUUCUAUUCCAUUAGUUCUUGGUGCCGUCUUUUUUGAGGCUAGAAUCAUGAGCGGACAAGGACUUCAAGAGAAGAAAAAGAUGGAAGCGGCUACGAGAAUAGCGAUAGAAGCGAUAUCGAACAUCAGAACGGUCGCGAGUUUAGGCAAGGAGACAGCCUUCUUCAAUCGAUAUUGCGUCGAACUCGAUCACGUGGCGCAGGCUACCAGGACGAGAAACCGAUUGAGAGGAUUGGUCUUUUCUUGCGGUCAGACUACGCCCUAUUUUGGAUAUGCUCUGAGUCUCUACUAUGGUGGUUACUUGGUGGCAAGAGAGGGUCUUAGUUAUCAAGAUGUCAUCAAAGUAUCGGAAGCACUUAUCUUCGGUUCUUGGAUGUUGGGACAAGCUUUGGCUUUCGCGCCGAAUUUUAACACGGCCAAAAUUUCUGCUGGAAGGAUCUUCAGAUUAUUGGAUAGAGUGCCAGAGAUAUCUUCGCCUCCAGGAUCAGAAGGAAAAGACUUGGAUUGGAAGGCAGAAGGGCUGAUACAAUUUUCAAAAGUGGAAUUCCACUAUCCAACGCGCUCGGAGAUGCAGAUACUUCGUGGUUUGAAUUUAAUAGUAAAGCCGGGUCAGAUGGUCGCCUUAGUUGGCCAAAGUGGCUGCGGAAAGUCAACCUGCAUUCAACUACUGCAACGCUUGUACGAUCCAAUCUCCGGGACGAUUACUAUGGACCGUCGCGACAUCUCCUCGGUCUCACUGGCCUCACUUAGAUCCCAGCUUGGCGUUGUAGGUCAGGAACCCGUUCUCUUUGAUAGAACUAUCGCAGAGAAUAUCGCCUACGGUGACAAUUAUCGACGAGUGCCGAUGGACGAGAUCAUGGAAGCCGCUAAAAAGUCGAAUAUUCACAGUUUCGUCAGUUCGUUGCCUUUGGGUUACGAUACGAGACUAGGAUCAAAGGGUACACAGCUUUCAGGAGGUCAGAAACAGCGCAUAGCUAUCGCGCGUGCUUUGGUAAGGAACCCACGGAUCUUGCUCUUAGAUGAGGCAACCUCAGCUCUCGACACUCAAAGCGAAAAGGUAGUACAAGCAGCCCUCGACAAAGCGAUGGAGGGUAGAACGUGCAUCACCAUAGCGCAUCGUCUUGCUACCGUAAGAAAUGCAGACGUGAUUUGUGUCCUUGAAAAGGGCACCGUCGCUGAGAUGGGUACUCACGACGAUCUAAUAGCUGCCGAUGGUCUUUACGCACAUCUACAUAAUUUACAAGAGGCCGCUAUGGAAUAGAUUUUUUAGCCCAAGAUUUUAAACUUCCUUCCCAUCCUAUUAUCCCAUUAAGAAGCACCGUUUCUUCCUUUUUAUAUAUACAUACUAAGACGAACGAAUAUUCUAAUUUCGAAAGUUUAGAUCGGUGAUCGAAGGAGAGCUUCGUACGAGGAUGAAUCGGAUUCAUGAAUUUAAAAAAAAAAAAAAGAAACAUAACAUUUUCUUGAGACAGUCAUAAUCAAUUUUUAAUUUCUUAAGUAGAUAAUACAUUUGCGGCUCCGUUGACUUAACCAUCGUUAGGUUUAAUUGUCGUGAACAUUGAUCAUCAAUUAUUCUCGAGUCGUCAAUUUUAUGCGAGAUUCGUUUGUUAGAAUUUAUUUACCCCUUUCUUCCUUGCUCAUUUUUUCUCCAUUUCUUCACACUUCAUAUCGUUCCCAUUUUUGUGUUUUACAUUGUUUAAACGAUGAAUAUUUUUACGCGUAUAAAAUAAAAAUAAGAAGUAGGUGAAGGAAAUAAAAAAAAACGCACUGAAUGCGCCAUGCGGUUUUCAUAGAUCUGAUCGAAUAAAAAUGAAUGAGAAUUUUUCUAGUGCUACUAUAGCUGCUACUACUAGAUACUAUCAUUAUUACUAUUACUACUCUAUUACUACUUCUACUACUACUACUACUACUACUACUACUACUACUACUACUACUACUACUACUACUACUACUACUACUACUACUACUACUACUACUACUACUACUACUACUAUUACUAUUACUACUACUACUACUACUACUACUACUACUACUACUACUACUACUACUACUACUACUACUAUUCUACUACUAUUACUACUACUACUCUACUACUACUACUAUUCUACUACUACUACUAUUACUAUUACUGUUAUUAUUAUAUACACAUACGUAUAGAGAAACAUACUUCAAAGAGGAUUCCAUUCUUGGCAAUCGUCUUACGAUCAAAUCAAAUCGAGAAGAAAAAGGAACGUAUGUAUUUACCUUUACGCUCGCAUAUCGAUAGAAAAGAAAUUGUCGAUUUAUUUUUGACUACAUCUUCCUUGAAGAAUACAUCGAGAUAGUAAAACUAGAAAAAGAAAAGAAAAGAAAAAGAGAAAGCUCCACUUCUCGAAUUUUGUAGAUACUUUUAUUCUAAUCCGUUUUAAAAAUUAUCGGACGAUGACAUCGUUCUUUUUUAUUAUUUAAUUUUUUUUUUGGCGUUGUAUUAUUCUUUGUAUUUUUUUUCUUUCUUCUUUUCUUGAGAACGCGAGCGAUCCAUAAAAAAUUUACGUACUCUCAUCGUCACAAACUCUGAUGUUACAAACUGAAUUUUAUGUGUAUUUUCAUUUUUAUUUUUUUUUUUUAUAAUUUCAUUUUUCUCUCUCACGUUUAUUUACGAGAGGCCCCGAAAUUGACACUUUUCUUAACUCGAAGUUCGAGGAAUUUUUUGAGAUAGCCGAAAUCUCGUAAAUUUACAUCAACUAACCCUCACGUGCCUUAAUAAUUAGAUACUCGCCGAAAUGAUUAUCAAGGGUGUAGACCUUACGUUCUUCGUAAGGGAGAUACGUAGAAAGAAGAGAGAUGGGGGAUGUUUCCUUGAUUAAAAUCACGUGGUACUUUCUUCUUCUUCUUCUUAUUUUUUUCAAACAUACAAGUUCGAAUUUAUUUUCAUUAUUUCAUCAUUCGUUUUGGAUUUUUCGUGAUAUUUUUUUUCUUUUUAUUCUUUUUUUUUGUUAGGGUGUCGUCAGAGAGUAGACAUUUCGGUUUUAGUCUAGAGGUAAGAUUUAGAGAAAGAAACAGAGAGAGAGAGAAAGAGAGAAAUAGAGAAGUAGAGAAGUAGAGAGAGAGAAUUUAUAGAAAUAGUCGUUUACAGCGUACCGAUAACUUCGACGAAGCGUGGACUUAACAAGAUUUCGUCGUAGUCAACCAUGAAAUCGGUUUUGAUUUACUCGAUAAUUCGACGUGAGUGCGGAGAAAAAAGAAAAAAGAUAUAUGUAAUGCAUGUUUUUCUUCUCUCCUUUUCCCUCUAUGUUUUCUCUCUCUUUUUUUAUUACUUUUUUCACGCACGUUUGUUAUUGUGAAUAACAACGAGUGUUUGAUAUAUUAAUCAUCAAAAAUAUUACUAUUUGAUAUCGCAUUCGAAAUUUUUGGGAAAAUUCUCGGUAAUAGUUGAAAUUUUUGAUAUAUGGUAAAAUCUCCCCUGCGUCCUUUAAAAUAAAAAAAGAAAAAAAAAGGGUAAGAAUAAACAAGGCAGAAUGAAAAUAUAAUACGAAGGAUCUCGACGGGAUAACGGAAAACUGUCAUGGGUUUUUUUUUCGAGGAACGCGAACGACGCGUAUGAAAUAAAUAAAAAUCAACAUGAAAAAUUUUUAACGCGAGAGGAUCUUUACUUUUCGAAGAACGUAACACCCGAGAAAAGAAAUCUAUUUGACGUUGAACGGGCAGAUUUUUUUUUUUUAGAAGGUUCGCUGAAAAGUGAUCGUGAAUUUUUUUUAGAAAAGGCAUAUGUAGAUAUACCUACCUUGUCUUUUCCUUUGCUUUCGAAGAAAAGAUUUUCCCGAUAUAGUUCGAUGCCUUAAUCGAGUUUAACGUUUGAACGAACAAAAUAACAAUAAAAUAACGAAGAAGGAACGUUAAUAAAAAGAGAAUGAAAUAGAAACGUCGAUCCAUCGUGUUCGAACGAACGGCCUUAUUUAAAGCUUUACGAGGAUAAAAUUAAUGUUAGUAAUUAAUAAUCAAGCUUUACGGUACUUAAUAUACACAUACAUAUAAACACUAGUAGUGUCUACCAGUGUAAUGGGCAGCCAAUGCUUUUUACUAUUCGCGAGUUGACAAUAGAAUAAAUGCCACCGAUGAAAUGAAAGAAAAAGGGAAAAUAAUAAAAAUAUACAGAGAGAGAUAGAGAGAUAGAGAUAGUGUGUAUAUCGCGUUAGAAGAGUAUACACGUUUUACGCCUGGUAAAUCGCAUACAAUAUAAAAAUACGAUCGUGAAAUAGAAGCAUACACAGAAAGAGAGAGAAAGGUAAAACUGUACGGUAGAUAUUUUUCGACGACCGCGGAUAGAGAAAGAAGAAAGAUAGAUAGAAUAUCAUGUGUUUGUCUGUAACAGUGCUCGAGGGAGAUCAUCGCCUAACAACACGCGCUCGAGUCGAUAUUUCAUUCCAAAUAUCAUUUCAUCGCGUUCAAGUCUGGACAACUUUCGAACGUAUCUCGUAAAAGAAAGAAAGGGGAAAAAAAGAAAGAGAGAAAAAUAUGAAUUUAUCGUGUUACGAACCGUCGAGCACUGAUGGACAGACAAAUGGAUAGAUAGAUAAAGAGAGAGUAAGAGAAAAAAGAGAGAAAGAAAAAGAGAGAGAGAGAGAGGAAAGGAAAAACGAAAGAAAAUAUAAGUAUCGUAUAUUUUAAUACUUAAAUCGUUAAAUAAGACUAAGGCCGCGGCCAUCGUAACUUAAGGGGCAGAGAGAUCUUAAAACGAGCGUGUGUCUUAAGAAGCAUGAGUUAAUGAAAGAACGACAGUGAGAGAGAGGGAGAGAGAGAGAGAGAGAGAAAGAGAGAGAGAGAGAGAGUGUGUAAUGUAUGCUGAUAUACACAUACAUAUACACAUACAUAUAUACACGGAACAUACAAACGUAUUAUAGCGCAUACUUUUUACAGUGAUACUAGCAGUAUGACGAUGUGGAAGUAUUAAAGUCUUAUUUUCUUUUUUGUUAUGAGAAUACAGAGAAAACAUGUUAUAUUCCUGAUGAUAUACGAAUAAAACAAAAUAUAAUAGAAAAAA